UUCCGUGUUUGUCUGCCGCUGGCGACCCCGCCCACAGCAGUGAUUAUUGUUGCCAGGUGGAGAGAGAGCUCGGCCCGGUUUACCUGUCUUUACCCCCUAAAAACACCCACAUCUGGACUAACUGUUUGGGGCAGAUGAGGGAGGGUGAUCUGGAGCGGGUCUGAGAGGAGCCUGGUUCGGUUUGGAGCGGAUUUGACCCGGUUUCUCAGCCGGUUUCUGGAGGGGCUUUGAGAGAGAGAGAAGGAGGGAAAGUUUGCUUCGGUUCACGAGUCUGCAGCGCCGCCGGCAGCCAUGUCCAGUUAGAGACCGGCUCCACGGCGCCCACCAUGCGGAAGCAUCUGGACAGGAUCCGGUUCCGGGGCCAGAGACGGGACGAGUUCCUGGAUCUGGCCGAUUCGCCCAACACGUCCGAUACAGAAUGCACAGAGGAGGUCGUGAUUAGACCUCGACUCUCCACCAGAGAUUCGGAGGAGAGGGAGGCCGAGGGAGAGCAGCAGAGUGACGCUCAGGCUGGUCCAGGAACAUUUUCUGCAGCUCUCCAAGACGACUCGAGAACGGACCUCAACGAGGUCAAAGGUCACCUAGAAAUCGCCUUGUUAGAGAAACAUUUCUUACAGGAGGAGCUGAGGAAACUUAAAGAGGAGUUCAACGUGGAUUCACUGAGACAGGAGCUGGAGAGGGAGCGCAGCAGGUGCAUCGAGCUGGAGCAGAAGAUCAACGACGUUGUGAAACCCAGACCUGAAGACUCCCCUUCUCAGACACCUAGAGCCCCGCCCCCUGCUCCACCUGCAGUCAGCAGUACAGACAAACAGAAGGACACUUUGUCCGGCAGUUUCCUGAAGUGGCUUUAUGAUCGUUUUGGCGUUUAUAUCGAGGACUUCCGCUUCCAACCGGAGGAGCACACGGUGGAGCCGGACGAGCCGCUGAGUGCCAAGAGGCUGACGGAAAACAUGAGACGGCUCAAGCGAGGAUUCAAGCCUGUGACCAACUUCAAGAGGAACCUUACUGCCUUAUCCAGCUGGUACUCCGUCUACACGUCGGCCAUCGCCUUCAUUGUCUACAUGUAUGCAGCGUGGCACGGCUGGGCCGUCCCCAUGUUCCUGUUUCUCGCCAUCCUCCGCCUGUCCUUGAAUUGCCUCAUCGCCAGAGGCUGGAGGAUCCAGUGGAGCAUCGUACCUGAAGUCUCGGAGCCCGUGGAGCCUCCUAAAGAAGAUCUGACGGUGUCGGAGAAGUUCACGCUGGUUCUUGAUGUUGCUCAGAAAGCUCAGAAUCUGUUUGGGAAGAUGGCAAACAUCCUGGAGAAAAUAAAGAAUCUGUUCAUGUGGGUUCAGCCAGAGUUGACUCAGAAGCUGUACGUUGGUCUGUGGUUGGCCUUCAUCUCAUCCUGCCUGCUGCCGUUCAAACUGCUGGGAUUCAUCAUAGGUGUGUACGCAGGUAUAAAGUUCUUCAUCAUCGACUUCAUCUUUAAGAGUUGUCCCAAGCUGAGGCAGCGCUUUGACACCCCCUUCAUCAUCUGGACCAACUUACCCACCGACCUGCAGCUGAAGGAGCGCAGCAACACCGGGCUGAGCAGACGGGCAACCAUGACGGCCGGCCGAGGCAACGCCGCCGCUGCAGCUCCUCUUGGUUUCAGCCGGGACGAGGACGGAGGACGAUACUACAGCACCAAGAAAGGAGCUUUUCACGAAGUCUUCAACCUGCUGGAGAGUGAGCGCCCUCUGACAGUGUGUGAGAACGGCUGGCGCUGCUGCCUCAUCAACAGAGACAAGAAGACACCGACAGACUACAUCCGCAACGGAUUCCUCUACGUCACUGAGAAUCAUCUGUGUUUCGAGAGCUCCAGCUCCAGAUCUGGAUCCUCCAAGAGGAACAAAGUCAUCAAACUAAUCGACAUCAUCGACAUCCAGAAGUACAAAGUUUUGUCCGUGCUGCCUGGAUCUGGGAUGGGCAUCUCCAUCGCGACGCCAUCCACCCAAAAGCCGAUGGUGUUCGGCGCGAUGAUCCACAGAGACGAGGCCUUCGACGCCAUCUUCACCCAGUACAUGAAGAUCGUUACCACGGCUACAGCCACCGAGUCGGAGACGUUGUAACACCUUCACAACAUGGCUGCCAUCUCACACACACACACACACACACACACACGCACUGUAACUGUAUUCACUCUGUGACGUCUUCAAACAGCUGCUGACUUCAGUUUGAGCUGCUCUCGUGUGAUUUAGGGUCACCUCUUCGGUCAUCAAACUAAAUGAUCUGGUGACGUUGAUGUUGAAUCGAUUCCAACAAAUCCCUGAUUUCAUGUCAGAAUCAGCCGACAACCAACAUCAAUCACUGUUCUUAAACUGUGUUACAGAAAGUUCCCACAAAACAGACAAAUGAACGUCAAUCCUGAGUGCUAAUUUACCGCAAAUUCAUAUGUCAAUGGCUGGCAUCUCAAAUAAUUGCCUGCAUAUAAACAAUUAGAGACCGGGUGAAAACAUUGAGGACGUUGCUGUUACCUGUGCUUUAACGUCUCUCACUUGAUAAAUUUAGUACAUUUCCACACAAUAACAGUUUUGUCAUACUCACCACUCUGCUAAAAAACAUUUUCUUUGUUUAAGACUAAUAACAUUCCCAUUCACUGAUUGUUUCCAGUUGCCUCUACUUUGCUGUUUUUAAAAAAUAUAUUUUAUCCCUGUUAAGCUGCAGUCAAUGAAGCCCAACACUUCCUGCACAGAUGCUUCACAUUAAAAGCCUUCCAAGGGCACAAUCCCUCCUUUACUUGGACGGCUUUUAAUGCGAAACAUCUGCAGGGACACCGUUAAAAUUCAUGAUCUAAAAGGAAACAUUUCUACAUUUUGAAUUCGAUCGUCACAGUUUGUUCAUGCCGGUCAACUGAACCGACGCACCUGUCACCUGCAGCUCAUCAGUCAGCUGUGUCAUGUGACUGGCUGCAGGUUUGUGUGAUUUCAGUUUACUUCCUUGGAGGAAUAUUACACUUCUAUGUAUUACACCGGAAGGUUUACGGAAAGACACUAAUGUUUCAGUGAUGGCUGCUCUAUUAGCAGUUUUGAUAAUAUAUUAAUCAUUUAAGUCACUUAUUAAUCAUUCUUUGGUUGGAGCUUCUCCAAUGUGAGGAUUUUCUGCUGUGCUUUCUCUGUUUAAUAUAUCACUGUUGGUCGGACAAAACAAGACAUUUAAAGACCUUGGAAUUUGUUAAUACUAAACAAAAAUAUAAAAAAACAGAUGAAAGAACAUUUAUAUCAAACAAUAAUAGGACAUCGUCCUUUUUAAUAAUAAAGAUUUUAUGUGAAGGACUUGAAAAUGUCUGGCUUUGGCGACAACCAGUGGUAAUACCAAAAAUUAUAUGAGUCAACAAUAACCCCAAAAGUGAACUUUAAAGGGACUCUCUGUAAGAGUCAUAAAUUGUUUGUUAACAGUGACACCUGUGGCCGUUAAGUCGACGACAGUCAGCGUCCUGUUGCUUGCACUACGUAGACGUGAGAGAGCAUCGGUCAAAACAGUGAGGCGACACACACGACAUGAUUGACAGGCAUCAUGUUGAUUAUCGUUAGCAACAUUAGCAGCUAAAAGCACAAUAUCACUCUAUAUUUCACAUGCUUGGCAGUAAUGUUAGCUGACCAAACGAUCGCCCUCCAUGGAAUCGAUGUUGUCCCUAGUGUUAACUUUUCCUGCUUCAGCCUCCAGACCGCGGUCAGAAGACACAGGGGAGACACCGUAGUUUUGGUCUCCUGGGUCGGAGUCGAUAAUGCUACUCUCUCCGGCGUUAACCCCCGUCACUUCAUUCAUCCGCAGGGAAACAAGACACAUUUCUGCACAAACUGCAACUUCCACUGAACAUUCACUUGAUAUUCUCAAAGAUGUUUUUUUUUUGUGCUUCCGUGGAGUUUGUGGUGGGGGCUGGUCGUUUGUUGCCGUUAGCGGACUCCAUUUCUAAAGGCACUCGCGAGCGUGCAUGACGUCACAUCCGCUGGAUUUUCCCAUCAAAAUGGGCCCCUUUAAUGAAUUCUUCACAUUAAAAGCAGUCUACAGGCUGAUGGACGAAACCCAGAAAUGGUAAUAAAAAGCGAUUUUAUACGUGUAAAAAGUUCCAUACAGUCCCUUUAAAGUGGAGCUGCAACUAACAAUUAUUUUCAAUCUAAUAAGGCUAAUAUUUUCUCAAUUAAUAAUUUCAUCUAAAGGAAAAAAAAAAAGAAGUGAGAAAGUAGUGAAAAAUCUGUCACAAGGCAACGCCAUCAAUAUUAUUUCUUUUGUAUGAUGAAUAGUUCAAAACCCCCAAAUAUUCAGUUCAGUGAUAUAAAACCUUUACUUAUUUUCAUUACUGCAGUGUAAAGGCCUUUACACGCGGCAGUGUUUUUUUUCCGUGCGAUUAAUUUGCACCUCAAUAUAUUUUUUAGAACUGUUUUUGUCAUGAGUACUUUCACUCUGAACGCGACUAUUACGUGGCGAAAAAAUCGUAACAAGGUUGAUUUUUCUGAGCUGUCGCACCGUGAAUAAAGGCAUCAACCAAUCACGUUGUGCAGAACGGGUUGAGUUGCGCUUUUAUUUUUGCACAGAGGCUCCGUAGUCCGAACAAAGACGGCAAACUUUAUUACUUCUUUCAACCGUGGCAAAAACAACGCAUACCAGAUCCACUCCUACCAUUCUUACCUUUCACAAUAAAAGCCCUAAACAUACUGUAUAAUAUUCGCAGGCGAGUAUUUCGCAUUUUUGUGUCAUUUAUUCGUCACGCCCCACCGGUGUGUAAAGGCCUUUACACUGAUACCUAUAUCACCAGGAGGUUUACUACUACAAAAAAAAAAAUACAAAACAAUUUUCUGAAUAUAUUCCACCAACUUCUGAAAGAAAAAAAGACGAUUGGACUUAAUAACAAUUUCAAUCCGUUGUUUUACAGUAUUAGCAGAUAAACAUGUUUAAACCUCAUUAAUUUACAUUAGUGUCUUCAGGGAUUUGUAAAAACUUCAUUAUAUGACUCUGUAUGUACUUAGCAGCUAAAUACAGGCAAUUAAUAUUAUAGUAUGUUGUUUUUUUAUGUGGUGGUAACAGACUGUUUGUAUUCUAUAUGAAUGUUCGCAAACAUUUAACCUCAGCGUAGCUUUUUUUUUGUCUUAGCUCAACAGAUACAACCUGUAAUACUGAAGUUUUGUCUAAUCAUUGUUAAUUCAGCUUAUGCUUUAGCUUUCUUUCACAAUCAAUAAGCUAAUAUGCAAAAAAAAAAAGAAGGCUGAUGUCAAAUACUGACUUUCCGUCCAAUUUGUUUCAACUUUAGCUUUUUCUCCUAGAUUGAAUUUAAUCGGCUAAAGCUAAACAAUGAAAAACACAAUAACGUGAAAUGUUUUUUAAUCGGUUCAGUUGUUUUAUAGGUUUAACUUUCUUUCAUAGCCAAUAAGCUGAGAGGAUAAAAAGAGCUAAGUAUUGACUUUUUAAAAGAAUCUGUUUAGCUCCAGUUUAAAGUGGCAAUAAACAUUUUUUUUUUUCUUUAACUUAU